AGUUUCGGGAACAUUAGGGCGUGAAACAUUCUUCAAAAGCCCCACUUUCACUUUUGAUUCCUGCCAUUUUAUACUGCCGUUCACUGACAGACACAGAAGACAUGGCUGAAAGACCUGAAGAUCAUGUGAGGGACCAUAUUCUCCAGUUCAGCCUUGGCAAAUGCGCUCUUGGAAGCCAGGGCUAUAACCGAGUUCUCCUACAGCUGUUUGGGUAUAUGGGCCAUGGCAAGUCCUCCCUCAUCAACUCAUGCAAGUACGUAUUGGGUGAUGGAGACUACAAGAGGCGUGCAAAAACAUCAAGGUCCCACGGUGGGGUCACCCUCAACAGGAAAGCCUAUCGACUCACCCGCACCAUCACCAUCGUGGAUAACAGGGGGUGUUCCAGGUUCAAUGCGUUUGAGACGGGAGAAAUUUACGCCCAACUGGGGAAUUUCCUUCCACUUAAUGAGACAGUAGAGUGGACCAAUGACUUUGAGACAAUGAUUUCUAGGCUGGAGGACUCUGAAAUGGACCCAAAUUUCACAGACUUAACGGUUCCAAUAUUCGUUUACAGUGUGAAAAAAGGACUUAGCGAUGGGGAGAAGAAAGAGACAAAGGAGUUCAUUGAAAACUGCCGACUUAUGACAGGCGUAUACCCCAUUGUGGUCCUCACUCAUAAAACAUCCGGCGACUCCACAAAGGCAGAAAAUGAUUUCAAACUCAUGGGAGUGGAACAAAUAAUAAAGCUGGAGAAUUACACAAAAAGAGAUCACCACAAAACGCCGGAGAGGCACAAAGCGGUGUUAAAGUUUCUCUACUGUGCCCUGGAAGAUGUCAAGUUCCAAAUGAAAUAUCCGAGGAACCCGAGGAAAGAGAGGAUCGAGAGGAAGAAGUUUUUGAUUAAAUUUCUGCAUGAUAGAGACAUAAAGGAGAGAGAGGAUAGGAGAAGGCUAACUAGGCACGGACACAUUGCAGACAAGUCAGCUGGCACAGGAUAUCCCUUAAAGUAACAGUAACAUAUAAAUACCCUGCUGUGUAGCCCCGGGGGCAGCCGUUCCUGCACCGGUACAGCU